AGCCUCGGUAAUGGCAAGUGACAGAGGGCGAGACAGACGAGGCGAAACUUUUUCAGCUACCAGUUGCCGUUGGAUGUUUUUAUGCUUGAUAACAAGCAGCAGUGUCACAUUCUUUUGACAUUUGUCAUUAUUAUUUUUUAGCGUUACUAGUCGUUUGAGUGAGACUUUACCGUCUUCCGCGUGAGGCUAACUAACGUUAACGUACGCACACGAAGUAGUAGUUGAAAUACACCAUUAAGUUUUGUGUUCCGACUUCGAGUUAAAUACGUAGAGAGACGCCGAAGAAGAGAAGCUAUGACCAACCGAGAAGACGAGUAUGACUAUCUUUUUAAAGUGGUGCUGAUUGGAGAUUCGGGUGUCGGGAAAAGUAACCUGCUGUCCCGCUUCACCCGAAAUGAGUUCAACCUGGAGAGCAAGAGCACCAUCGGGGUGGAGUUUGCCACACGCAGCAUCCAGGUAGAGGGCAAGACCGUCAAGGCUCAGAUCUGGGACACAGCUGGUCAGGAGCGAUACCGAGCCAUCACUUCUGCGUACUACCGCGGAGCAGUCGGAGCCCUCUUGGUUUACGACAUCGCCAAGCACUUGACUUACGAAAAUGCUGAGCGCUGGCUGAAGGAGCUGCAGGACCACGCAGACAGCAACAUAGUCAUCAUGCUAGUGGGCAACAAAAGUGAUCUACGCCACCUCAGGGCGGUGCCAACGGAUGAGGCCAAGGCCUUGGCAGAGAAGCACGGCUUGUCCUUCCUGGAGACGUCAGCGUUGGACUCGUCUAAUGUGGAGCUGGCUUUCCAGACUAUUCUUACAGCCAUCUACAACAUCGUGUCACAGAGGCAGAUGUCAGGGCGAAGUGACUCAGACUUCUCGCCGGCUUCCAACGUAGUGCCCAUCACGGUGGAGCCCACCCAAAACUCAGCCAGUAAGGGUGUCUGCUGCCAGAGCAACUGAGGCCUCAGCGCUGACUUCCUCCUUCACCUCCAGGCAAUCGGAGAAACAACCAGAUAGACAGACGGGUGGACAGGGAGAAUCGAGAGACGGGUAGAGAUUACCAUUUCACAUGAGGACAGUUGUGCUGGGGCUGAUUUGCUUAUUGUCUUCUGAAGACGACUUAAUACAUUCUGAAGAGGGGGACCAGUAAAGGAGGGGUAGAGGAGAAGUUUAGACGGGGGUGAGGGUGGGGUUAGUAUCGAUGGAAGGAAAACGGGUGAGAUGCAGCGUAUCCAGUGCAUUCAGCGUUUGAUCACAACUGAUUCACAAUCUGACAAAUGUAACGCAUUAUAAGGUCCCUUUUGUAUCUCAUCACGAUUUCUGUCUUUCAAAACUGUCCUCCCUUUUGUCGCCGCAGUCAUUCCCAUUUUGCUUAAAUGUAUAAUAUUUAGAAAACAUAACGUCCCUUACGAUAUUUAUUGAACACUCGAUUAAGGUCGUCUCUGGCCAAACCAUUUUGCAAUUUAACAAUAUUUGGUUUUGAUUUUCCACACUGAUCGCUUUGCUUUUUGAUGCCCACAAUCAUAUCUCAACUAAUGCAGGAACAAGGGUUUCAAGUCUUUUCUUUUGCCGAAAUGCAAAUGCUGGAAUUUGGUCAAAGUUGGUUGAUUGAAGUUGUGUUCCACUCAGUGCAACAACAUCCCUCUCUACCAGUGACAUGUAGUUUCCUUUUUAAAUGCUUUUGAUCUUUGUUUGGAAGGCUUUCCUGCGCUGUGCACUCUGUACGCUACAGAUGAGUCACGCUCUUGCGGCGAUCCCGUCUCGUUGAGAGUUAACGCUGUGCAAAGCUUGCAUCACUAGUGAGCGGGUUAACCCGCCUCACAGUGGCUCUCCUGGUACCCGUCUCACCCCCUAACCCUGAACCUUUGGGUGCAGUGGGAGAGAUCAGGGGAAUUGGUUUAAAUGCAUUGGCAACCCUGUGUUGCUGCUGCAGCAGCUUCUGCUGCCUGCUUGCUGGGAUAGAUGGAUGGAUAAUGUUUCAGGGGAUGAGUUGGUGAGGGCACUCAGCCCUGCCCCGCUACUGUGGUCUCUGAUGUACCCGAGAUGGCUUGUUUUACUGUAAGUGAAAUCCUCCACUGCCUGCUACCUACUGCUCUCUCUCUCUCUCCACACUGUAUGUAACUGGAACAGGACUCUGCCUUCGGGGAUCUCCCCGAGGUCUGCCCUCGCUCUCACUUGUCUGUAUUUCCUGUGGGGGGGGGGGGGUUGUAUUCGAGAGCCAGGAUUUGGGUUUGGUAGGAUCUAAUAGUUUAAUAGGUGGAGGAAAGGGAUGGUAGUGUUAGGAGGGGCUUAAUUAAAUCCAAAGGUUACGCACACAGAUGGUGUUUAUCCUGGUUACGCGUUUCCACACAAACACUAACUUCUGUUGACUUCACAGGCCUUAAACUGGGUGGUGUAGGUUAAGGCUUUUAAACAUUUAUUCUAAUAUAUGUAUAUUUGGACUGCAUAUGUAUAAAUAAAUCUCCUUUGUUAUAGCCUGCCUCUUCUCAUGUCUCUCUUAAGCUGUUGUGAAACAAUAAAGGCUGCAAGUAGC